AUGUCAGGUAAAAGAGAUGACCACAGACAUAGAUUUUACUGCAAUAUGUUGAAGACGAUUCCGCUUUUCUGGCCAGGAUGGCUAGGUAAAAUGGUUCUUGUACUUGAUGAAGAAUCAGAGAAGGAUCACGCCUUCGGUGAAACACUAUUGAAUCAAACGAAAGAACAUUUUCCCAAUCAAACUUUUCAAGUAAAAUACGAGCCACUACCAAAGGAUCCGUUGGUUUUAACUUAUCCUGGUCAGCUAAAUCCACCUGGCUAUAAUCGUCAGUUAUGGAGCAGCUUUUUCAUAGAUCUUUACACCAAUGACGAGGUAAUAGCUUGGUUAGAUAGUGAUUCGCCAUUUAAUUUCCCUGUAACCAUAUCAACUAUAAAGGCAAAUGGCAAAGUAAGAAUUCUUAGUUCAGAAUGUGCAAUGAAAGUUGACUGGGGAGAAUCAUGGGCAAAAACCACAAAGUUAGCUAUAGGAAUGCCACAAGUUGCUGAUUUUAUGACAUACUUUCCUGUGUACAUCUACCGUGACACGUUUACACACUGCAGAGACCACAUAUUAAAAAACUUCAAUACAAGUAACUUUGAAGAAGCAUAUCAACAAUUUCACGAAACAAGCAAUGCUCUUUCUCCAGUAAACGUUAUCAUCAGCUACGCUUGGUUCUUUGAGAAAGAUCGCUACGACUGGAAUAUAGAAAUGUGCAGUGAUUUGUCUGUUUACAACAACAGUCUACCUGAAGGCCACAAAAUUCAGAAAAAUGACACAGUUAAUGGAAAUAGAUUAUUAGCACAACCUCAAACUGCCUACCAUGGACCGUUGAAUGCCCAAGAUUACUAUGCAAAACUCAUUCCAAUUUCCUACUGUUUGUCAAUAAGUGAAGCUGCCAAGAGUGAAGACAUGUGUAUAAAAUAUUCGCGAUUGGAUCUCAAUCGCUUAUUUAAUCUAUUCAAAUCAGAUAUGCACAGCUUAAAAGAAAGGUUAAAUAUUCCCCAUCCAUGUAUUGGAAAUCACACUCAGUAUUGCUUAAAGAUCUUAAAACGUCAUGUCAAGAAUGUUGGUGAUGAAAUCAAAGAUAACAAACGAAGAAUGACAUGGGAAGACGUCACAACAGUUGAUUCUAUAGCCCGCAUACUAGGUGUAAAUUGUCCGCCCCAACCAGUUUAG